AGUAUUCUCUUCAUCCAGUUUCGAUCAUUCAUCUAUCUUCUCGAAUCCCGGGAAAGAAACGAUGCGGCCUCCGAUCAAGAAAACCAGCUAUGGCAGAGGGCAGGGCGUGGAGGUCUCUGUCAAGGAAGAAGGAUUUCAUGGAUCCUACUUCGAAGCGAAGGUGGUUUCUUACCUCGACAAUGGGCUCUACAUCGUCCAGUACCAGACCUUGCUGGAAGACGACGAGUCCAAAUUUCUGACUGAGACUGUGUACCCUAAGGAGCUUCGUCCUCUGCCUCCGGCCAUCCCUGUUCGCCGGUUCUCCGUUAAGCAGAAGGUCGAUGUGUUCGACAAGGACGGGUGGUGGGUCGGCGUUAUCACCCGAAAAGAUGGCCCCGACGGUUAUUUUGUGUAUUUCUGGACCACGGACGAGGAGAUCGCUUACCCUUCCUCUCUGCUUCGGGUUCAUCAGGAUUGGAUCAACGGCAAGUGGGUUUUGCCCAAGAAAGCUCGCUCUUAGUUUAUAUAUAUAUAUACACAUAGAAUCGCUGGGGUUUCAGGAACUACAUUUUUUUGUUAUGUGGAAUUCUGAUGUAAGAUUUACGAACUAUAUUUUCUUGUUAUAUAGGAUUGUUCUGAAGGACUGCUCGUUCUUCUUGUGAGUUCUGUAGAUUAAUUCUGCAGACAGUGAGCUGUUCUUCUU